CUGAGCUUCUAUACGGCCUCGUCGAGUAUAUAUAGGGCCUGGAUAUCGGCCCUCAAUCGAAAAUCAUCAGCACAACAAUCUCUUCUCUCUCUCUCUUGCCUUUCAAGUUUCUCCGACUCUUCAGUCUCCAGCACUCGCUUCUUCCUACUUAAUAAUACCGCACUCGUUGCCUUAAUAUCUAUUCAAAAUGAAGCUCACUUCCGUUCUCUUCACCCUGGGCCUGGCCACCAGCGUCUUCGCCAACCCCACCAAGGUGGCUCGCACUCCUUCCCUCGUUGAGCGGGACGUCGCCUCCAUCACCAGCGUCCUCUCCAACAUCGAGACCGAGGUCAAGGCCCUGGACACCUCCAUCAACAGCUUCAACGGCGGUGACACCUCCGGCGUCCAGUCCGCCUCCGACAGCCUGGUCAAGGCCAUCAACUCCGGUGUCACCACCGUCAACGCUGGUUCCACUCUGAGCAGCGUUGAUGCCCUCGGCAUCACCAGCCCCGUCCAGGAUGUCACCAAGCAGGUGCAGACCGUGGUCAACGACCUGAUCUCCAAGAAGUCGACCUUCGUUUCCGCCAACGCCGGCGCCAUCGUCUACAAGAACCUCCAGCAGCAGUACACCGCCUCCAAGAACCUGGCCGACGCCAUCACCUCCAAGGUGCCCUCCUCUCUGUCCGACAUCGCCAGCAACCUGGCCGCCGGUAUCACCGACGCCAUCCAGAAGGGUAUCGACUCGUACAAGGACCAGGCCAACGCUGCCACCGCCGCUGCUACCACCGCCGCCGCUGCUGCCACCACCAAGGCCGCUGCUGCUGAGACCACCGCCGCCGCCGCCGCUGGAACUGAGGCCGCCGCUCCCGCCGAGUCCUCCGCUGCUUCCACCAGCUCCGCUCCCCUGAUCCAGGCCACCACCAGCAGCGCCUCUGCCCUCGUCUCUGCCACCCCCAGCGGCUCUGCCUCUGCCUCCGCCAGCCCCGUCUUCACCGGUGCUGCCACCGUCGAGCGCGUCACCAUGACCUUCGGUGUCGGUGCCGCUGCCGUCGCCGUCGCCAUCACCGUCGGUGUCUAAGCAAUUUCAACUUCCUCACGAACCUGGACUUGCUCUCCGCGCUGACCGCGGAUUCACUUCCUGUGGCUGGUGGGACAUCCGAACGGUGAGAAAAAUUCGGGCUCCCCGCUACGGUUUGGUGCGACGGAUGCGAGAUUAAUGCAGCUGGCUUGCUUGCCCCAGUGGAUUUUCCGUCUCGCCCUGGUCUUUCCUACUUUCUUUCUUUCUUUCUUUUUCUGUCUAUCUCUGGAUUGUUGUGCUGUCGUUGUUGUUGGUUGGAUAUAGUUUAAUUACAGUAUAUCGCAGCAAUAUAUUUGUUCUGCUUGUCA